AUGGUUGGUGUUGCAAGCAUCUUUUAUAUCAAAUGCAAUCUAUGUGGCAAAAUCAACAAGGUUAAAACAUCUUCUGAACACAGAAGUGGACAACGUGGACGAUUAACCUUCAACAUUAAUUCUAGAGCAGUACUUGGUUCACUUCAAGCUGGUAUUGGUAAUACCCACCUGAAUAACCUAUUUGCAACAAUGAAUGUACCAACGAUGAACAACAGGACAUUCAAGUCACGAGAACGAGAAGUUGGAAAAGCUGUCGAGGACUUGGCACAAAAAAGCUGCAAAACAAACAUUGAAAGGGAAAAGGAUAUGGCUGAGGAAAACGGGGAAGUUGCAGAUGAGAACGGCUUGGUUGGCAUACCAGUAUCUUAUGAUAUGAGAUGGCAGAAGCGGGGUAAAGGACACAAUUCAAUGACCGGACAGGGAGUAGCAAUGGGAUUAGGAACAGGUAAUGUUUUGGCAUAUGCAACAAAGUGCAAAUCAUGUAGAGUGUGCGAUCAUGCAAAGAAAAAAGGCAAGCAGCCAAGGAGACAUGACUGCAGAAAGAAUCAUGUUGGUUCAUCCAAAGCCAUGGAACCAGCAGUUGCAUGUGAACUGUGGAAUUCGGCUCCCAAAGAAAAAGUAA